UUAGGCCUAACAUUUCGUCACACUGUGUGAAAACGACAAAAACCUGCAGGCCAAGCCACGCAGCCAGCACAAGUAACUGUGUUCAAGUUAAACGUUUUUCUCAACAAGGUCGCGGCCAGGUGGUUUGACGUCGACGUGCAGCCGCUUGUCUUAUUUUGAAAGGUUUUGGGGAUGUUAGUGCUGUCGGUGAGGAUGCCGCUCGAUGACGCAGCCAUCGCUGUACCUGAAUGAGCUCGUCCUGCAACCAGCUGUGUUGUCUUGUGCCGUAGCGGAGCGUAUCCAGCGACGGCUCCUGCGGCUGCAGACAACAUGUCCUGUCAACGCCGGUGAACGGAUGAUCGCUCCCCACUCGCUGGCUAUAGUUCUGUCCAGGGUCGCAUCUGGAGAGUCGGGACCUGCCGGUGUGUCGGAAAGCGACGAGCUGCCGCGGCACCACACCGGCUAUGAGAUCUUCGCCGAUUUCAAGGCAGAGAAUAGCCAGCAACAUGUGUGGAACCAGCGGAUCACGGAUGCUGUGUCCGAGACCUUCUUUCUGGGCUGGAUAGACGAGCAUGUGCUGCUGAUACAGGGGAAGGAGGACCACCUGGAGGUGCUGCGAGAGGGCUGGAUGCGGAGGUCCCUGAAUCCGCCUCGGGGUUUUACCAUCAAGUAUCUGGGUGAUGUGUCACCCAUCAGUAUGUCCCCCAUCAGCCAGUCGCAGUUCAUCCCGCUGGGAGAGGUAUUGCUAUUGGCUAUCUCUGCUAUGAAUUCUGCCCAUAAACCAGUGACUCAGGAGGCUCUGAUUGAACACCUGCAGUCAUGUUUUCCAGGUGUUCCCACACCAACAGAGGAGGUUUUGCAUCAUACCAUAAGCAUGCUGGUUCGUGAGCGUAAGAUUUACCCGACACCUGAUGGAUUUUUUAUUGUAACCCCUCAGACAUACUUUAUUACUCCGAGUCUAAUUCGAACCAGCUCAAAGUGGUAUCAUUUAGACGAGCUAUCCGCUGACCGACACCAACAGCAGCAACAUCAGAACCAACAGCUGCAUCAACAGACACAGUGCACCUCCCCACUCUCUGGCACAAUCACACCGUCUACGUCUGGAGGCAUGCGAGAUCGAACACACAUAAAGUCCAAUCAGAACCACAGCGGGGGAGGUGGAGAUUCCUUUUACAAUAUUGGUUAUGGUGGGGAGGACCUGCUAGGCCACCACACCACCCUGCAGCACCGGUCCUCCAAAGACCACAGAGAGGGAUAUUCUUCCCCACACUCCCCACAGACUCCUCCUCAGCAAGCAGGAGGCAACAUUGAAAAGACUCGCAGUGCCCUUGGGUUCUCUUUCAAGACGGACACAUUAACUAAGCACCGAGUGGGUGGUGAGGGAGGAGGAACUGGAGGAGGGGCAGGAGGCAGUGGAGACAUAGAGAAACAAACUGGUGGAGGAAGUAGUACAGGAACUCGAAAGUUUGGUCUGAAGCUGUUCAGACUCAGCUUUAAGAAGGACAAGACCAAGCAGCUGACCACCUUCUCGGCGCAGUUCCCCCCCGAGGAGUGGCCACUCCGUGAUGAGGAGGCACCGAGCCAGCUGCCACGCCAUGUAGAGAUGGAGAUCAUUCGCAGAAUCAAUCCUGACCUCACUGUGGAGAACCUCGCCCGUCACACAGCAGUCAUGAAACGUCUUGAAGAGGAGCGUGUCCAGAGAAGCAAAGCAUCAUCGGCCAACCAGAGCUCGAGGAGCAAGAGAAGUGGUGGAAGACACAAGAAGCAGUCUCAGACCAAACUCAGCCGGUCACACAGCAAGACGAGAGCUUUGCGCGGUGAGCCAAGUGAUGGGUCCCACCUGGAGCUGACUGAUAGAGAUUAUAGAGCCUAUUCAUCCUCCUUGGCAAGGUCAACGAGGGAACAUGCCCUGGCCAUAGAGCGCCAACGGGCCCGGCUUCACCUAGCACACAGCAACCCCAACAUUCUUGACUCCUCUCAUCUGCCUGUCACACCAGAGUGGGAUGUGUCUGGAGAGCUUGCCAAGCGACGCACAGAAAUGCCUUUCCCUGAGCCAAGCCAUGGCCCAUCAGCCCACCACGCUAAAGUGCACCGUUCACACUCCCACACUCAGGAGAGGAAGUCCAGGAACGAACGCAGUGACAAGGCCAAAGAACGUUCAAGAUCUAUGGACAAUUCGAAAGGACCACUAGGAGCUGGGAUGAUAGGACCGCCCGAUUACUACAAUGAUCGAAGUCGUUAUUAUACAGACGAUGGCACCUUACGAGCCAAUCAGAACCCAUCUCACUACUGUCAUGCCACCCCCCCUUCAGCUAAGCUGCCUGUGGACUCUUUGGGGUUGGAUGGUGGUAGAAGCUUAGAGAAGAGUAAGAGCAAAGACAGUCUCCCUGCAUACUCCCCCAAGCCAGCGCCCACCUCUGUCCCUCCUGAUGAUUACUUCCAGUGUUCCAGCUCCUCUGAAGCCGUUUUGCAGCAAACAGCAGCAAACCCCUUAGGAUCUCUGGGCAUAAGCAGCCACGAUGGAUUAAAAUUAGGCAGCAUUGAUAGAUCCAUGGACAGACAGACGCCUCAUCUCCUGGAAAAUAAGGAGGACUUGUUAAAGUUGGUUCAUAAGGGCAGCAGCCUGCCUCCAAUACCUCUCUCUGUCCAGGAUCCACCCCUUGCUAAUGGACGAGCGACACACAGUGCCUCUUCUGGUCAGGAAAAACGCAAGGAGAUCUUUAGUAAAGACACACUUUUCAAACCUCCGCCUAGCCUCCCUUUGCCUGGAUACAGCUCCCUGAGAAAAACCCCUGCACUCGCCUCUUCUGCUCUGUCCUCAUCCUGUGAUGCACUUGAUUCCCAGGACACAUCUGAUGCUCCCAAAUCUCUAGUGGUCACUCAGCCUGCACCCUCACAAGGAACUGAAGCUAUUAAUUGUGCAGCCGAGGCCUCCUUUGACUACUACAAUGUCUCGGAUGAUGAUGAGCUUGAGGAGAGUGGAGCUAAAAGUCGAGAGGAACAAAGUAAUGGUGGAGCUAUUGCUGGAGUGGGAGGAGGGGGCGCGGGAACCAUGAAGUGGCUGUUGGAGCGAGAAAAAGAAAGGGAUUUACAAAGGAGGUUUGAAAGAACACUCACCUUCCCUGGCACCAAGGAGAACCUUCCAGAGUCGUCCCAGAACCAGCAGUCAGCCCACUCUGCUAGACUGGACAGUAUGGACUCCAGCUCUGUCACUGUCGACAGUGGGUUCAACUCACCACGAACAAGGGAGAGCCUGGCGUCCAAUACCUCCUCUAUAGUGGAAAGUAACCGUCGGCAGAACCUGGCUCUUAGUCCGGGACACCUUGGCAUCACUGCUGCCAACACCCCCCCCUUCUCAUUCCGCACCAUACCUGAACCUGCCAGCACCCAACCAGAGAAACUCCAGAAGCCCAGCACCUGCCUUGCAUCAAUCACCAGCGUCUAAUGGACUGGGCAGUGAAUGGACGGGGCCUGAAAAUAAAGGACUGUUACACCUGUAGACUAGGAAACUGACUGACGUAGUGGACCUGCCACAAACCCACCAGAACUACAGACACACUCAGAGAUACAGAUCGCUCUCUGUCUCUCUCUCUCUUUACCCUAUCUUUCUUACGGUUACACAUUCAUUCACGCUAACACUCACACAUUACACCAGGACAAUGGGCAAACUGUAACCAUGUCAUUUUACAGACAGCUGUUUUUGUUUUUUGCGUGUGUGUUAGGGAGUUUGUAUAAUCUGUUUUCUCAGGUCAUGUUAUUUCAGCUCCCAUUCCAGCUGCUCUGAGUCAGUACAUGAUCUUGGUUCUACACACUAAGGUUCGAUGGUUCACUGAUGAUACACUUUAAGUAAGAAGUGUUUUCACAGCUCUGCUUAAAGUGCUGUCCCACAGUCCAAAAUUCAACAAUAUUCAGUGAAAUUAGUAAAAAGUAAUGGACUAAUUGUAUCUUAACAUUCUAAUGUAGUGAAUGUGAAAAGUGUAUUUCCAAUUCUCUAGAUUGUCUUUCAACAACGCUUCCUCGUAGAUGACCUGAGGUGCAGCUCGACACUAUGGUUUCUGAUUAGUGGCCAUCUUUAAUGUAACCCUCAUGUCCACUACCUUAAACUGCAUUACACUUGACUUUGUGGAGGCUUUUGGACACUUUGCUGAUAUUCACCUCUCAGUGCAAACAGUGUGAAACGGACCUUGCUGAUCCCUGACAGGAUGUUGUCACAGAACACAGCAAGUUAAAAAAACGUGAACCAAAGCUUUGGCUUCGCACACUUUACUGCAUUGUAAAAUCAUUUCGAGAGUGAAAGAAUGGCAGCACACAUCCGUCGGCAUAAAAUAAGAAAAAUAAACCUACUUAUGUACUAGUGUAUUCAAGCCCCUAGUCCAGUGGUGAGUGGAAGCAAUAACAACUGGAACCCUACAGUCUGUCCUGUUCUUCCUGCCUCCAUUUGCCUGGAUGGAAGCAAACAGGAAGCAUCUGGCCACAGCAAGCGUUCUAUUGUAAAUACCUUUGUAACCAAGACCUUUCAUUGUUGGUUGUUUUGACAAAGAUAAGUAAAUGUUUUACAUUGUUUUAUAGGUUGUUGUGUAUAGAAUUUACAAAAAAUGGUAUUUUUUUAAUCCUAACUUGUUCCUAAAAGCUUUAUUUACAAUGCAGUAAAAUGUUGGACUACAUAUCUGCAAGUGAGGGCAGACUCUAAAGCAUAGAACAGACAGUACACCGUGUGGAUCUGCACUGGCCUUCAAAUGGUUUGACUUAACUUGUUUUUGAGAGAUUAUAAAAGGAAGUGGUAGAGUGACGAGUAGAUGCUGCUGUAUCACGGUUAAAACUGGUCAGUAACACAGGAUCCAAUAAAGAACAUCUCGCUAGAAAGACCUUGCUACCCGUUGUAGCACUGCUGAUGACAUGUAUGCCCACAUUAAAACCAGUAUACGCCUUCAUGUUUAUUGGAACACAGCUGAACAUUUGCAUUUAAGUGUUUCCCCCAGUCUCAUCCCACUGGGAAUAGCUGUCGGCCAGUAACAGCCCACCUGGAAUACGUAGCUUUGCUAAAGCUCACUGCUCAGGAAGUUGAUUUCACGUGUGAUGAUAAAAUGUGGUUUUAGCCAAACCCAGUAGAACUGAAAUGUUGCCACUGUAGCAGCCACCGUGCACACGACCUGCUGGUGAGACGAACACGUCACUGCUCAUCAAAUAACAACUAUGACUCCUUUCAAAAUGCGUCAUCGGCCAUUUAAAGAUCUGUCCAGUGGGAGAUCUGAGGUGACCUCACCGUUCUAUGGCUUUGCUCUACAUUUCGUCAUAGUCCCCUGAUUAGUUGCUGUAGUUGAUAGCAGUGUGACUAACUACUCGAAGCAUGUUCGGCUGAAUACAUAGUCACGUAGAACGCCUCACCAUCAGCGCACAGCCUUUAGUCCAGCGCCAACACAACCAAGAACAUCUUUAAAGCUCAGGUGAGAGCUCAGACGUCCAGAGGGUCCUUGCUUGGCAUUGGUUGACCUGAGACGAGGGUUAGGGUUGGACUGUGACACAGCUGCAUCCAGUGGACAUGACGGGUUACAUUCUCAUCCCUGUUGAGUUUCACAUGAAAACUGAAUUGAAAAUGAAAAGCCUAAAUCCUGGCAAGAGACUGAAUAUUGUGCUGCUAGUUACGGAUUAGCUCAGGGUGCAGCUACUGGUACAUGAAGUGUCUUCGCAUCACACCAAGAAACAGUCACACCUGUGUUACCACAUUCCUUUGUGCGUCUGUCUGCUUCAUUGUUGCUAACGGUUCAUACACUUCCCUUCCUCACUGUUGCUCCUGGUGCUAAUGUGUAUUAUGGUCUGUGAUGCCAUGACAAUAACAAUACGGUUUUAGUAAUGUAAUUGUGAAUAGCUAUUGAUUAAUAUGAUAGGCUUCAUUCUCAUCCUGAUUGGCCCAUAUAUGGAGCAUCUAACUCCUUCAGCUGUAUCGACUGUACACACGUGUGAUAAAAGAGCCCCAAAUGUAUUGAUCUCACUCUAAAACGAGCAAGUCCAGAUGUUUGGAUCGAUGCUGUCCCGCUCUAACGGAGGCUCAGGGAGCUGUCAGUCAUCCUAGUGUUAUUGUCCUAUAGUUCCUCUACAACUACCUCCUCAGCCCGACCGUUUAUCAUGUGUCAUCAGCCUCCAGCCUGUGAAUGUCGACUCUCACACACACUAACAAAGUUUCUUCCAACACUAAAUGCGUGUGGUUCAACAUUCCACCUUCCUGCGUUUUGCUCCUCUUCAUUACAGCUUUUAGUGAUAAAUGACUCUUAUUUUAGUUCUAUUACUGUUGUGGUUCAGAUUCAGUGAAGAUAUGCACAUUGUAAUAGAUAUAAAUUAGCCUUAAGGGGAUGAGUGCGCUUGACUCUACUUAUAUACAAAGUCUUGUCUGACCAUUUCUAGAGUUUCUACCUGUUCUGAAUUUCUCACCUUGACGUGUGACUUCAGGUCCCAACAGCCUCCACAGGCAGUCAGGCAGUCUGCCCCAGGAGACAUCAAACAUGUGGCACUCCCUAAAUGAAAUCCUGUAGAAGUGUUUACACCAAAAACAGCUGAAGGUAAUGCUUCAGUCAGCAGAUGUACACUUAAUGCAGAGUAGAACAACUUGUGCGUGAGUCAUUACUUUUGUGUUUCCUGGACACGCAGCAAAGAACAACACGUGUGUGACUGGACCUGAUCGAUAAUUCAAAGAUCCUGCAAGUAAACUGGGCCCCAUAAUAGUCAAACAUUGAACUACAGUCGCAUCAAAUCCUUUCUGUGGCGUGUUAAUCACAACAGGCUCAUGAAUCAGCCACAGGAAGAGCAGUCUGACACCUAACGGCCACAUGAACCACUGUAGCUGAUGUCACAUGAGUAAUGGCCAUCUUUAAACAAAUGUACCGUCUGUUCAUGAACAGCUGGUGAUCAUCAGUCUGAACAAGCUAUUUAUAACAGGACCCUUUGUUGAAUCCAAGUUACAACCUGUGUACAGACAAACCAACCUUUGAUUCUAAAUGAAAUGAAAGCAAGGAAACGCAUCGCAACCAAACUGAAGGUCAUUUGGCUUCGAUUCCUGUGAUGCUCGACCCACUUUUAAAGGCUGCAUCCCGAUAAGGAGCUGCUGUCGCCUGACCUCUGUCAGAUCCUAGUCUCAUCUCACCACGAAACAAGGUGUAACGUUUUCUGAUUGUGAUCUCAGUCACUACACUAGCUCUAACAUCAAAGGUUCUACAGUCAAAAAGGCACUAAACACUACCAACAAUUCACUUCAGUUUAUUUAUAUUGCACCAAAUUAUAGGAAAAGUCACGUCAAGGCACUUUACGAUGAAACAAUACGAUAAAUACAUCUAUAUGGAAGGAUCCAAUUGAUAAUCCCCAUGUAGCCUCAUAUAGCUACUUAGCCCCAGCUCACAGGAUCAUGUCAGGUUCUGUUUUUUUUUUUUUUUUUUUUUUUUUUAACUCAGCAGCAGGUUUUCAUAGUCAGGCCCUGGUUCCUGCUCUAUGGACACAGACACAGUGGAAGUCCAGCUAAUCUUGGGUUUAGCACCACAGUAGCUGUCAGUUCUGGUCCUGCUCCAGUGCAGUGGCUUCUUUUAAGCAGGAAGUAGGACCGGGCUUCACUCAAACACCCUCCACUCUCCUCUCCCCCGCUCACAUCCUGUAACUCUCCAUCCUUUUCUACACUGACAGAUCCAUGAAAUGUCUUCCCUUAACAUCAGCAGUGUUUUUAUAAAAGUGAAGGUUCAACAAUAACAUUGUUUUUAAUGGUGACAGUAUGUCAUACAUGUAAUGUACAUGUACAUGUAUUUAAACAAUGAAGAGGGAUUUUUUUAUGUCUAUAAUAUCUUAAAAUCCCUUUGAUGUGUUGUACUGGUGUUACUGUUGUUGUGCUGUCUAAUGGGGAUUGUGUUACUUUAUAAGAUAAUAAAAUAAUGUUUGAUUACA